GCCACCGCAUGCUUUGUGUUUGUUUACGUUUGCUCAAGCGCUGUGUACCAAAAAGGGGAACGGAACAAAAAUGGCUCAGGGAAAAUUGAAAGUAAAAUCGAAACAACCGCCAAAUGCGAAGAAAGCCGCCAACAAGAAGAAAGGAACGGCAUUCAAUAAGCGAAAGAAUGCACCGAUCCAGUCGAAGAAGCACAAGUUUGAGGAGGCGCACAAGCUGAAGCAGGUCAUUACGAAGACGGUUAACAAGAAGAACGAGGACGACAUACGGAAGGUGGCGUACGAGGGGCAAACCAAGCUCAGCCAGGCACAGCUCGCGGUCCAGGAGCAUCAUCGGAAGCAGGCGGAGAAUGAUGCAAGCGAGGCGGGCUCUUCGAAGGGAUAGUUUUAAACCCAGUGUAACGAUUUGUGUUCGGAUUGUUCUUGGGCGAACUGUACUAUAUGUUUAAAGGCAAAACGGAGUUCGUUUUGACAAUAAAAUGCGUUUAUUAAAAUGAAAAGUA